UCACCGACUCAAUGGACAUGAGUUUGAGCAAACUCCAGGAGAUGGUGAAGGACAGGGAAGCUUGGCAUACUGCAGUCCACGGGGUCACAAAGAGUCAGACUGACUGAGUGACCAAACAACAAUUCUGAUAUUGCUGAAAUUGCAGUACCGUACCAAAUAAGGGCAUGACUGAAGGGGAACAAUCAGAAGAGAUACUGUUAUGGCCAAACCUCAGCUGUCCAAAGCUUUCUAGAAAUGAAUCAUUCUGAAGGCUGAGGGUGAACCUUCAGAAAUCAGGAAGAAGAAUCCUAGAGGUGUUGCUUUUUUCUCAGAGAUUCCCUGGCUUCCACUCCCCACCUUCUGAGCUACCUGGUCCCCUUGAUCUUCUUUUCCUUCCAGUCUGCUUUGUUUUUCUGUUGUUCCUACAAAGCUUCUUAGCUUCUGGUUUGGCAAGCUAACUGCAGUCUUUGCUGAACUACUCCCCAUGCCCUUUUUGCCCUUUCUCCUCACCACAACAAUCCCACCACCAUCACCUCCACAGAGCCUUCCCUGCCCUCCUCAGGCUGGUAGAUGCUUCCCUUACCUGCAUCCACACACCCCACAGCGCCCCAUAUGGGUGUCUGUGAUUACACCCACCUCACAUGCUGGACUGUGUGUUUCUUGAUGGUUAGAAUCAUAUCAGCCGUAAAUGUUUAUGAAUGAAAUUUAUAGGCCAUUUUGUGCUUCUCAGCUGCCUCUCCUUUGCUUACUCCAGGACAGCUAAGGUUUUGCUUGUUGGUUGGUUGGAUUGUCAUUGGGAAAUCGUGAGUGUUUGUUGUUCAGGAUUUGUCACUCACCUACUUCUCUUCUUCCUGCUUUUACUACAUUCACUGGUGUUUAUGUUGCGCUUAUCCAUUUGGCUCAGGAAGGUUCCAGCUCAGACAUUAUGCUCUUUGUUUUGUUGGGGGAAGUGUUGGCCAAUCAAGGUCACGGCCCAGCCCUGCCAGUCCAUCUUGCCUAGGAAACCAGGAGACCAGACCUCAUUAUUUGUUCCACGAGUGUUUACUUGAAUGACUACACGGUACCAGGCCCUGAGCCAGACAUUAGAGAGACAGAGAUGGAAAUCGUGUGUCCUUGCCCUGCCUCUAGCACCUCAUGUGAGCCUUUUCUAGGUCUCUUUCAUUUGCCCAUCUGAAAGUAAAGCAGGGUAGAGACCUGAUUUGUAAGCAGCCUUAUCUGCCAACACUGGGAACUCAUCUAUACAGGUUGCUCUCACCUUCCCCACAUCUGUGCUUUCCCCCAGAACAGCCCAGGUCCGCGUUGUACCUCGCUCCCUCCUCCCCUACAAAUUCUGAGCAGAUGUGCUCUAACACAUCUCACUCUGUAUGUGGCCAAGUAUUAAUAGCCCCAAGAAGCAGCUUGAGAACCUCAGCUAGACAGAGAGGGAAAAAAGAAUGAGAAAGAGGUGGGGGGUAUAGAGGGUACAUUGGGGUACAUGGCCAUAGAGAGUACAUUGGGAAAGGCACUGCAUCCCACAGUGCAUCAGAGACAUUCCCUAAGCCCAACCCUGAAGACUGAUAUUAGUCAGUCUAAUCGAGGACCCCAAACCAGAGUGGGAUAUGGGGAAGGAGACACAGUUCCACUAACCUUUCUGGACAAGGCUAAGGAAUUAACAUUUCCUUGCACUAGUAGGACACUUGAUACUAUCUUUGUAUUUGGUAUUCCUAGCAACCUUUUUGAUUACAUUCAAAGAUAUUUUUGAGAGCCUACAUUCAAAGCCUCCUGUUGAGAAUUACUGGCCUUUUCCAGUAGGACACUUAUCACAAAUUCAAGUGUAUAGACAGUUUCAUGAUUUUUUAAUAUGUUUCCUCCACUAGACUGUGAGUUCAAUAAAGGCAGGAAUGAUGCCCAUCUUCUUCCACACUGAAUCCUCAACACAUAGAACAGCACCUGGCAAACAAUAAUCACUUAAGUUACCAAAAAAAUGAUCCACAGGUCUGGGAUCUAGAGAUAAUCUUUAAUUCUGCAAAGGCUAGUGCACAGAACUAACCCCUUUAGCCUUAAACAUAAUAGAUAUUUAAUAGACAUUAAUUUAAUGAGAAGAAUAAUAACAGGAAACAUAAUAGUACUUACCGUGUGCCAGGCCAUGUGCCAAGCGCUUUACAUUCACUCACUCAAUCCUCAGAACAACCUGAUGAAGUAGGUACUAUUAUUAUCCCCAUUUUACAAGUGGGGAAACAAGCACAGAGGUUCGCCAACUUGUAAGUGGAAGAGCUGAGACCUGAACGCCAACAAUCUGGCUCUAAAGUCCAUGCCCUUAACUGCUGGGUUGCCUUCCAACAACAGAGAGAUGGCAUGAUUCCCCCUAGUGUCCUGGGAGGAACUUGGUGGAACCUGGACUGGAAGCCAGGUCUUCACUCUGUGCAGUGUUUCUCCCACUGAUCACUGGUACAGAGACCCUGGGAACAGAGGCGCAAGGAGGAAUCUGAGAAGCCUAGAUAUCCACUCAGAAAAAGGCUCUAGUCAACUAGGUAGCUCUCAGCAGAAGCCAGGCAGUGUCAAAGAGCAUCCACCAGGGCAGAAACAAGUGUGAUCACCAGAUGCUUUUCCUUAAGCAGGGGAAAGUAGCAGACUCCUUUUCAGAGAUCCCAUUUGAGGCCUAAGCCAUUCUCUUUUCCUGCACUAAUUUAUCGGGGACCCCCUCACACACACAGAGCUAGAACCACCCCAAGGCAAGGCAAUUGAGCACCCGUGGGGAAAGGAUGCAUGAUAGGGAGAUGAAUGUGUGUGUAGGAUGUUGGGGUGGGGCAGAGAACAGGGAAGACUGGAGAAAAGGUUAGGUCAAGACUAAAACCUCCAGCAGAUAAAAGGACUCAGUAAUGAGAUUAAAGCAAAGCACCUAUAAUCAGCUCAGCUUUAGAGGCACUGGCCUUCUGUUUGGGCUUCUUGCCACAACAGAACAGCACUAUGGCCAUGGCUUUCCUCUCCCAGCUGAAUCUUCAGGAAAUCCUCCAGACCCUCUCUGUUUUGCAGUGGAUGCCAGUCUACGUUUUUUUAGGAGCUAUUCCUAUUAUCCUUAUACCCUACUUUCUGGUGUUCACUAAGUUCUGGAUGGUGUCUGUGCUCGCCUUAGCCUGGCUCGCCUAUGACUGGAACACCCACAGUCAAGGUGGUAGACGUUCAGCUUGGGUACGAAACUGGACAAUCUGGAAAUAUUUUCAAAAUUACUUCCCAGUAAAGCUGGUGAAGACUCAUGACCUCUCUCCCAGACACAACUAUAUCAUUGCCAGCCACCCCCAUGGUGUACUCCCUUAUGGUACCUUCAUCAACUUUGCCACUGAGACCACUGGCUUUGCUCGGAUUUUCCCAGGCAUCACUCCUUAUGUAGCGACCUUGGAAGGGAUCUUCUGGAUCCCAAUUGUGCGAGAAUAUGUGAUGUCAAUGGGUGUGUGCCCAGUGAGUGAGUUGGCCUUGAAGUAUUUGCUGACCCAGAAAGGCUCAGGCAAUGCUGUGGUUAUUAUGGUGGGUGGAGGUGCUGAAGCCCUCUUGUGCCACCCAGGAGCCACCACUGUCCUCCUUAAACAGCGUAAAGGUUUUGUGAAGGUGGCACUGGAGACAGGAGCAUACCUUGUCCCUUCCUAUUCCUUUGGACAGAAUGAAGUUCACAAUCAAGAGACUUUCCCUGAGGGCACGUGGAAAAGGUUCUUCCAAAAAGCCUUCCAGGACACCUUAAAAAAACUCCUGGGACUAAGUUUCUGUAUCUUCCAUGGCCGGGGCCUCACUCGAGGAUCCUGGGGAUUCCUGCCUUUCAAUCAUCCCAUUACCACAGUUGUUGGGGAGCCCCUGCCAAUUCCCAGGAUAAAGAAGCCAAACGAGGAGACAGUGGACAAGUACCAUACACUCUACAUCAAUGCCCUCCAGAAGCUGUUUGAUGAGCACAAAGUUCACUAUGGUCUGUCUGAGACCCAGGAGCUGACAAUCGUCUAACAAGAGUUGGAUUUCCCCAUUAUUGAACUCCCCAAGCAUUGAGGGAUCCAAGCAGGGCCACAAGGAAAGGAAAAUCUGGGAAGAGGGGAGGAACUCGGGGUUGAAUGAUGAGGCCAGCCAAGCCAGAAAGUACUUAAUGAGCCAGUCUGAGGAAGGAACCAGAGUUAUGGGGAAGACUGGGCAACAACCCAGUUUAGCAAGCAGUCUCUUGUGAGUACACAGAGUCUUGUGAGUCUCUAUGUGUGCCAGUUAUUUUGGCUUCCUAAUUCCAACCAACUCUGAUCAGAGGAAUAAGAAGCCAAAGAAUACCAUGUCCUUCCUCCUGAGCCUUAAUAACACCACACCAUCACUGUUUAGGUUGAGGCUUAGAGGCAUUUUUUUAUUUAAGAUUUUAAUUUUUAUUUUCAUUAAUUAAAAACCAUCUCAUUUACAUCAAUAAAUACUUUUUCCCAUCACUGUCAA